AUGGCCUCUCCCGAUGCUGCUGCUGCCACCGCCGCUGCUGGUGCCGCUGGUCACGCGAUGCCGGCGUCGUUCAAUUUCGAGCCCUUCAACGCGGCUACCGCCAAGUUUGACCGCUGGUUGGAGCGCUUGGAAAUUUCGUUCCGGAUCUACAAGGUUGCUCCGGCGGACAAGCGAGACUACCUGUUGCACUAUAUGGGUAGUUCUACGUACGAUGUUUUGUGCAACAAAUUGCAGAACCAGUCGCCUGGAACCCAAACGUAUGCUGACAUCGUGGCCCUGCUGAGGUCGCAUUACAGCCCGGCUCCACUGGAAAUUUUGGAGAAUUACAAAUUCAUCUGUCGGAAGCAGCUGGACCACGAAGCGUUGUGCGACUAUAUUACGGACCUGGAGAAGCUGGCACAAACCUGCAAUUUUGGUGCGCACCUGGAUACUGCCAUCCGGAAUCAAUUUGUCUUUGGUUUGCGGAACCGUACCAUCCAAUCCCGCCUGCUGGAGGUACGCAAUUUGACACUAGCCAAGGCAAAGGAGAUUGCUUUUAGUAUGGAGAUGUCGCACAGAGGAACGGAUGAAAUUCACGGUUCGACGUCGAAAACGGAGAUCCAGUACCUGGAGCACGGGAAGCAGAAAAAGAAGAAACCAAUAACGAAGCCGAUGACACCGACGACGAAGCCCAAGCCGACGACGCCGACCCAGGGGAAAGCUUGCUACCGGUGCGGCGAUCCAGACCAUUUUGCCAACAAGUGUCGUCAUCAAUCAACAAUCUGCAAUUUCUGCAAACGGAAGGGGCACCUGGAGAAAGUUUGCCAAACCAAACUGCGUGGCAACCCCAAGAAGGCACCGGAGAAGGCUGUUACACACCACAUCGAAGACUCGCCGGUGAUCAAGGACGUUUUCCACCUGCGGAGCACUCCGGGGUUUGCUGACAAAUUCAUGCUGGAUCUCAAGGUCGAUGGGAGGACGCUGACCUUCGAGGUGGAUACCGGUUCACCAGUUUCCCUCAUCAGUUCCCACGACCAACGACGGUACUUCAAAGACUUCCCAAUACAUCCGACUGCGACAAAACUGGUGAGUUACUGCGACACCGAUAUUAACGUUCCCGGUAAGAUUUUUGUAAAAGUAAUGUCGAAUGGUGAUGAGCUCACAUUGCCCUUACAUGUGGCGGAGUCCAACAGACAUCCAAUAAUGGGUCGUGACUGGUUGCUUCGAUUAAAUAUCGAUUUCAAUAGCGUUUUCAAACCCGGUAUGAAUUCCAUUUCACAUUCUGAUUCUUCUGGCGAAUCGACUCCCAAUGCGUUGAAUAAUCUGUUGACCAAAUACUCUCGUGUGUUUGAUGGAAAUGUUGGUAAGAUUACCGGUGUUCAGGCCUCUCUUAACUUGCGUGCUGAUGCACAACCGGUGUACAUCAAGCAUAGGCCGGUCGCUUUUUCUGUGCGUGACGCGGUCGAAAAAGAAAUCGAUAAAUUCGUUAAGGAUGGUGUUUGGGAGAAAGUCGAUCAUUCUGACUGGGCUACUCCUGUUGUCCCAGUGCGGAAGGCAGGCGGUAAGGUUAGGUUGUGUGGGGAUUAUAAGGUCACUGUCAAUCCUCACUUGCUCGUUGAUGACCACCCACUACCGACGGUCGAAGAGUUGUUCGCCACUGUCGCUGGGGGAGAAAAGUUUUCGAAAAUUGACUUAUCGCAGGCUUAUUUGCAGCUUGAAGUCCGAGAGGAGGACAGGGGUCUGCUGACUCUCAGUACUCACAAGGGGCUUUAUCGUCCAACCAGAUUAAUGUACGGUGUGGCUUCCGCACCUGCCGUGUUCCAAAGAUUGAUGGAGCAGAUCCUGCAGGGUAUUCCUGGGGUCACGGUUUUCAUAGACGACAUUCGUGUCACAGGACCGGAUGAUGAGUCUCAUUUGCGUAGGUUGGAGGAAGUGCUGAAACGAUUGGAGGCACAUGGAAUGCGUGCUAAUCGUGAUAAAUGUGAGUUCUUUUCGAGUCAAAUCGACUACUGCGGAUAUUCGGUGGACAAAUUUGGUAUCCAUAAGCUGCAAACGAAGGUCCAUGCUAUUCAAAGCAUGCCUGUUCCGUCCGAUAAAGAGCAAGUACGUUCGUUUGUCGGACUCGUGAGUUACUAUGGCCGAUUCUUCCCUAAUCUAAGUACAAUUCUGUAUCCACUGAAUAAUUUACUCAAAGACGAUGUUCCGUUUUUGUGGUCCAAGGAGUGCGAUAAGUCAUUCAAUCUCGUGAAAAGAGAAAUGCAGUCCGGUAGGUUUUUGGUUCAUUUUGAUACGACACUGCCUUUGGUACUUGCUACCGACGCUUCCCCUUACGGCGUCGGUGCCGUUCUGAGUCACCGGUUCCCGGAUGGAACCGAGCGACCGUUGCAGUACGCUUCUCAAACGUUGACUCGCACUCAGCAGAAAUACUCACAGAUUGAUAAAGAGGCAUACGCCAUUGUAUUUGGCAUUCGCAAAUUUUAUCAAUAUCUGUUCGGCCGUAAGUUCACACUGGUGACUGACAACAAGCCGGUCAGCCAGAUAUUUUCCGAAAGCAAAGGUCUUCCUACGAUGACGGCAAUGCGUAUGCAGCACUACGCUGCUUUUCUUCAAAACUUCGAUUACAGGAUUCGAUACCGCCGUUCAUCUGAUCAUUGCAAUGCUGAUGCAAUGUCGCGUCUACCAGUCGCUACAACUGAUCCCGAAAACGAAAUUGAGGAGCCUGAUGCUAUUGAGAUCAACUCUAUCCAAACGUUGCCGCUAACUGUUGACGAGUUGGGAACUGCUACUCUUGCUGAUAGUAGCGUACGAGAGUUGCUUCGGGGCUUGAGAUCCGGUAGAACGGUCGAUGCAAAGUUUCGUUUCGGUGUUAGCCAGGAAGAGUUCAGCCUGCAAAAAGACUGCAUUAUGAGAGCCUGUAGACAGUUCUUCAGCACAUACGGUAUUCCUUCGGUACUCGUUAGUGAUAACGGUCCGCAAUUCACAUCCGGUGAAUUCGCGAAGUUUUUGGACCUGAACGGAGUCGUUCAUAAGUUCAGUGCACCCUAUCAUCCGGCCACCAAUGGCCAGGCCGAAAGAUUCAUUCAAACGAUGAAGCUUAAGCUGAAGGCCAUUGAUUGCAAUCGUUCCCAAAUUCAUGGCGAAUUGUGUUCAAUUCUCAUGUCGUACAGGAAAAUGAUUCAUCCUACUACGGGACUAUCUCCUUCAAUGAUGGUCUACGGUCGCCAAAUUCGCUCUCGCUUAGAUCUGAUGGUUCCAUCCGGUAACUCUAAUGAUCGCGAGGCUGCAGGGAAG